AUGGCUUCAAAUUCAUCAUCAUCAUCUGAUUUUACUUUCGAAGGAAGUUCGACGAGCAGUUCGUCUAGCGUCGAGUCGAAAAGUGUGCAAAAUAAACCGUCGUCCACUCCCAGGACGAUCGUUCCUGGAAGUAGUAUUCCGCUUAUUUCCCGUGAAAACUCGCAGGAUAUUUAUAGUAUCCGCGCUGGAAACCACGAGAAAAUAUUCGGAAUCCCACUGAAGGAACCGGUCCUGGAACUACCCAGUUCCGGGCCGGAUUCUUCGACCUGGGCUGCUCAGAACAACACCGUGCAAUACGAUUCCACGGCAACAACAUCAAUGGCUGGUUACGGGCACACUUAUCAAACACAUGCAACUGGACAACCACCCAAUCAAGCAGAUCAUAAUUGUUGA